UAAGAAGUAUCUUCAGGAAGAAAAAUAAAGCACGAAAAAUUUAGAGAAAGAAAAGAGCGGAUAGAGAUAGAGAGAGAGAGAGAGAGAAAGAGAGAGGAGAGGAAAAAUGAAGGAGAUGGGAUUAUGGACACUGAUUUGGACAGUGAGUGUAAUAACGGGUAUGGGCGUUGCACAAACAUCGCAACUGUGCCCAUCUCACACCGAAAUCUCGCCCUGUUCCUGCACCCUGAAGAAAUCCGGAUUGGACAUCAUAUGCGAGUACACGGAUCUAUCUCACAUCUCCGAUGUGAUGAGCGCUCUCAAAGGAAGGACCAACACUGUCAUCUUCUAUCUCAGGCUCAGGCACAACAGUCUGCCCAAGUUGCAGCCCUACGUGUUCCUCGGCCUCGACAUCCGCCAUUUGACCAUCCACAACAGCAGUCUGGCGAAGCUCGAGGAAUCGUCCUUGAGUUCCGUCGGAAGUGGGCUGACGCAAUUAGACCUCUCGCAAAACGCUUUGUCCUCGAUCCCGUCUAGCGCGUUAAAGGAGCUUCAACAUCUGCUUAUCUUGAAUUUAAACCGCAACAAGAUCAAGGCCAUCCAUAAAAAUGCUUUCGAUGGAUUGGACACUCUCGAGAUUCUUUCCCUCUACGAGAACGAGAUCUCCAUCAUAGAAGAGGACGCUUUCACAGGAUUGCACGAUCGAAAGCUGAGGAGAUUGAAUCUGGGAGGGAACGAGUUGACCAAAGUGCCGACGCAAGCGCUCCACACUCUGGAUAUGUUGAAAAAGUUGGAGAUGCAAGAGAAUAGGAUCGCUUCCAUUCAGGAAGGUGAUUUUGAAGGUCUGCAAUGCCUGGACUCGUUAGGAUUGGCGCACAAUCGGCUCCGCGAGGUCCCCGCCCGCGUCUUCUCCCACAUGACGCAAUUAAACUCUUUGGAACUGGACGGGAAUCAAAUCACCCACGUGGACCCGAACGCGUUCAUCGGUCUCGAGGAGAACCUGCAAUAUUUGCGACUGGGCGAUAAUAAUUUACACUCGGUGCCGAGCGAUGCGUUACGCCGUCUACAUCGAUUACGUCACCUCGAUUUAAAGGCCAAUAACAUUACCGCGCUCUCGGAGGACGCUUUCACCGGAUACGGGGACUCCAUUACGUUCAAUCUCCAGAAGAACUUGAUCAAAAUAUUGCCACCGGUGGUCUUCGAAAAUUUGAACUCGUUGGAAACGUUGAAUCUGCAAAACAACAAGCUCGUACAUGUACCGGAGGAGGUGACUGAAAAUAUCGUGGACACGUUGCGACACAUCGAUAUCACGGACAAUCCUCUGGUCUGCGACUGCGAGCUACGGUGGUAUUCCAUUUGGUUGGGAAAUCUACGGGACAAGGAUGACGAGAGGAUGUCGAGGAAGCACACAGUGUGCACCAUGGUGAACGAGAACCGAGAGUAUUCCGUUCAGAAUAUACCGUUGGAGAGAAUGGGUUGCGUGGGGAAGAACGCUGGAAGAACCUCGUCGAUUGGCACCUGUCACGUUUACACCGACACGAUGUUACAAUUACUGAUCGUCGCCGUUGCUAUGCUCUAACUGCGAUCGUGUGACGCUCUCGGUUCCCCGAAACGCGAACCCUGAAUUUUCGCGCGAAAAUUCCCUAAACCGACCGCGUUUCUCCCUCGUUUCUUGAAACCGCGUUCCUCGAAUUUAUCUUUGUUUUUAUUAUCGUCGAGCAAUCGUGUCACGAUCGCGGAGACGUGACACGAUUGAACAAUCGAUAUCUACUGAUUUCGCGAUUUUAAGCUUUAAUAACGUUGAAGAAAGAAAUAUCGAGGAAACUGAUCGAUCUUACACAACAUUGAAAUUAAAUUAUUGUGAGAAAAAUUAAAGAUCAACGUAAAUCAGGCGUUUUUCUCGUUGGAAGAUAAAUGAUUCGUCGGAUUUUUAAAAAAAUAUUUACCGUGUGAAAUUUUUGUUUGAAACGAAAAUAACUAUGUGAUUCAGAUAACGAUCAACAAUCGAUGAGCAUUUUGACGUAUUGAUCACGAUAUCGUUCGAUCGAAAACUAUUGAAGGAUUGAAUUAUCUCGGCGGCCAUAAUUAUCUCGAUCGUCUAAAUGAUCGAUUAAAUUUCGAUCGUAGCGUUCGAUUUUGUAAUGUAAAUCGAAAGCCACGCUCGAAGGAUGUGAAAAAGAGAGAGAAAGGAAAGAAAAAAAAAACUCGAACGAUAAAAGGGUGAAAAAAGGCCCUACUAUGUAGCGUAGUAAUUGUACAAGCCUUUUUCAUCGAACGUUACAUAUCAAGAUCGUUGCCAAGUAUUUUAUGGAUGUCUGUUAAAGCUCGUGCGAACGCGAGAUGCGUAGUUUAAUUCGAUAGAAAAUUCGAAUGUCUGUAGUCUUAGCCAUUUUAUGAUCCACGGACAUUCAUCUUAUACAUAUCAACCCGUUCCUGGAAUCAUUGAGACGAAGUCAUCGGCAUUUCUUAAUGUUGCACUUCGUACGUCACAGUCUCGUCUAAAUA